AUGGCCCUCAGCUCCUCGCCUCGCAAGGUAAUCCCUCUUUCCACCGGCGACUCUCCCAAACCUUCUCGACACCUGCCACCCGGGUUCACGAAACGCAUAUUCUAUUGCGGGGUUGUUAUUGAAGGCUCAGAGAAUGGGAGACGGCUACCUGACGAUAUUCAAGAGUUAGUCCUAUCCCUUGGAGAGCCCCUCGAUUCAUGUUCAGAAACAAGUAUACUCUCGUCGUCUUCCAAUCCAGCCCUCAACAAUGCUGACGGUCCCCUCCAGCGCAAACGUGCUCUUACCAACACAUCUGCUCUCACAUCCGUGAUCAAUGAACUCGUUUCUACCGAGCGGUCCUACGUGCAACGUAUACGGACGCUCAAGAACGAUUACGCCGAUCCUCUCAGGAAGUUCUCGCGCAGUAAAGAAACCGCUAUUAUACCGUCGUACGAAGCCAAGACCCUCUUCGGCAACAUAGACAAUCUCGUCCCUGUCAAUGAGGCUUUCCUGGCCGACCUAGACGCCAUGAUGGCCUCGAACGGCGAUGGUGCCGUCGGUGGCAUCGGCGACAUCUGUCUGAAGCACUUCAAAGAGUUGAAGGGCUUCGAGCAUUACAAGCAAUAUUACACGAAGCGAGAAGAGGCGCAGAGUAUAUUCGAGCGUGAAAUCGCGAAGAGGUCUUCAGGAUUUGGGGCGUUUAUUGACCGCAUCAAAUACUCCUCGGCGGACAGUCGCAAUCGCGUUGGUCUACGGGAACUGCUCAUGGAACCGGUUCAACGUAUACCACGAUACACCCUAUUAUUCCGCACCAUGAUCAAGCACAUGGCAGAAGAUGACCCUCAACGAGCAAAGCUCAUCGAAGCUGACGAAAUCGCGAGUAAGAUCGCACAAGCAGAGGCGGACGAACAGACGAAACGCGCCGCCAUCAUGUACUGCCUCAGCGCCUCAGUCGAUGGCUUCCCUCCAGGCCUAUUCUCUCAUUCGCGGCGGUUCAUUGACUGCAUUGACGUUCAAGACAUCAUAACGGACGCGCCGAACGCGUCUUCGUCGAACCUUAACAUGGCGGCGAGCGCCCUCCACUGUACCCUGUUCCUGUUCGAUGAUAAACUCAUGAUUGUGAAGAGACCAGGAAACGGGGAGAAGAGUGGUGCUGCAUUGUCGGGCUUGGAAGGAUUGGAUAAAGUUACAAGAGGGGGAGGGUUGCCCACAGUAAAGAAGAAGAGCGGAAUGGUGUGUAAAGGAAUCAUGGAUAUAACGGAAGUUGUGGCCACGGACGUUGGCGGAGCUGACAUGCAUUUUUACUUGGAGAACCCCCCUCAAGACCAGUCGGAAAGAUGGUCGGGGAGGCCGUUCCGUUCAUUUGCGGUUGUGCGCCCGCCGAUGCCCGUCAAUAUGGACCCUACUCAGACGGAAGAGGAUAAACGCCGCUUCCUCGAGAAUCUUUGGAGCACACAAGCGCGGUAUCGUGCUAGGGCGGGACAAUCUGUCGUCCUCCGGGCGGAUGAACAUGAGGUCGAGUCACACUCCGGACGAACCACGGUAGCCCGCACGUAUUACAAUGUCUACACUCGGACAGCGUUCCUUCAAGAAGACAAGAAGACGAAAGUCGUCGUUCAUAUCGACGCGUUGGGCUCGGCCGAUCCUUUGCCGUUUGGUAUGGCUGCCCCGCCUUAUGUCGUGAUAAGGCUUCAGCCGAUUGCAGGUGACCUCGCGAGAUAUAGUGUUACAUCCAGUGACCCGAAUGUCGAGGUCGAGGAGGAUAUUAUACAGAGUUGUCGGGUAGCAGCGCGGAUCCCCCAGACUAUUAAUCAAUUCGGAUUGUUUAAAUUCCGUACGGGAAACAUUUCCGCGCCGUCGACCCCAACCGCGAGCAUCCGCUCCCGGGCAGCUAUUUUCGGGCUUGACGCGAUCUCGCGGAAUCUAUUUAACAGCCGGCCUGGGAGCGCGAUGGGUGAUUUCUUCGGAGGGUCGAUUAGUGGACAUAGACGAACGAAGUCGAGCACGAGCAGGUCGUCGGUAUUCACGCAGUCGACGUCGACGGGCGAUGGGUCGAUGAAGUUCAGCCACCGGUCGAAUUCGACGACUACUGCCGCGACAACGGUAUCCUCAGGGGAUGACGACUCGUCGUUCUUCGCCAGCUCGACGACGACUACGAAGUCCCGGAAGUUGUUCAAGAGGGCGAAGUCCCCUGGAGGGACGACGCUGUUUGAGAGCGAUAGCAGGAACACGUCCCCUACGCGCUCAGUGACGCGGGGGUCCUCUUCAGAACGGUUGUCUCGUGAAUCGUCUGCCGAACGAUUGAACGGCGAUGUGUACAGUGACUACGAGCCUGAGGAUUCUAUGGUGUUGAAUACGAUGGCAGACAAGGAUUCUUCGGAGUGGGAUUUGACGAUGCGCCUUGCGCUUGCCCGUCAAAAUUCCCGCAAUCAGCAUGCAGUGAAACCCCUUCCUUCAUUGGCGGAUAGGGCAGUGGAAGAGACAAUAUACGAAGAGGAUCCACCACCAGCUAUUCGACCUGCUUCUCGCUCCUCAGGGUUUUCUAAGGACUCGCACACCACCCAAUCAUCGGCACCCACGAUACGCCCAACAACUCCUGGCUUCCUUUCGCAGCCCGACUCCCCUCCCCGCCGCUCCAGGUCCCCACAACCAUCCGGCCGCCCUCUCGGUCCUCGCUCCCCUUCGCCCCUACCGCCAAGCCCUCGUUUCGAGCCAUUGGCGCCGGAAGCCGAUGACGAACUCAUGGACGAGGACUAUCAACACGACAACCGACACUUCGAACCCACCCCAGCCUCUCGGACCAACUCCAAGUCGUCGAUACCGCGGAGUAAACGCCAACCGCUGUUCCCGAUGGGCAACACGGACGCGACACCUAAAGCUAGUGGAGCGCAGGUUCGCGAACAGCGUGAGGCGUCCCCUCCCCCACCGACGACACCUAGCGUCGCGCCGUUGUCAGUCAAGAAAAAGACGACUUCUAUCUCGUCGGCGUCGAUGCUCCCUUCCCCGUCACCAGCGUGGCGCACUUCGUCCCGCAACUCGCCACUUUCUCGACCCAAACCUGUGUCGGCCAGGAAGGUCUCGCCGCAGGUACGACAACACAACCACAACCAUGCCACUCCCACUAGGAAUGGAUCUCUCAAACGUGAAGACCAAGAUGAUAUCAUGCGAUUGGCAGAAACGACGAAGGAAGAUGUUGAUUCUUGUAACCGGGCUGUCAAGAGGAUUCGGUUAGAGGUAGAGGAACUGAAAUCUGUCCCACCUUCGGGGGAUGACAUUUCAAGACCCUCCUCGCCAGACAAGGUCUUUAGAGGUCUGCGGCAGACACCUGCUAUGACAAAGGCUGCUCAAGAGCGUAUGGAAGAGAUGCGUAAGGCAAUUGGACGUAGACAAGGAGAAUCUGCAACGCCAACACGGCCGUUCCCGUCCGCCUCACUUGCGCGUGCUAUGAGUCCAGCUCCUGGUGAUAACGGGUUCUCAAAGACUGCGGCGUCGCUUGGGAACUUGGUCGACGACCUUGCUACCAAGAUGGAACGGACUUCCACCGACUAUCACGAUCUUUACUCCAAGCUAAGACACAUUAAUGAUCAAUCCAAAGAGCUUCAACAGACGAAGUUUGAGCUACAAAAUAGCAGACGACAAUGUGAACUGGUGAAGAGUUUGCUCGAUGAAACCAUCGCCGAAAAGGAAAUCAUGUACGAGGCAUUCAACGAGGAACUCGAUGGCAUGUACAACGAUGUGAAUCUACCUGACGACGAGGCUUGGACAGCGAUGGUCAACGACUUGCGACAAACCAAGGAGACAAGGAAUACGCUAUCUAAAGAAAAUUCGAAACUCAAGCGAAAGCUCGCUGAAGUCCAGUCCCAACAUGAAGAAUGGGGUGCGCUGCUUCGUGCCAAUGGCUUGCUCCGAUAA